GAUCACUCCCCACUUUUAAACUCAAGUUCCAUGAAUCCCCCAUCUCCCAUUCCAAUUUCCAGUCACAAAUCUGGGUCAUCUUUCCCAUAAUACAUACUGUUUCAAGAACCUGGCUUUCCAAAGACAUUGAGGAUUUGAGGAAUGAUGAAUGCCUUGUGUGCCACAAUAAAGGCUAAUGUGAACUCCAUGCCCAUUAGCAAAGGUGUGGAUCAUGUAGAUAAUGCGUUUUUGGGUGAGAAGAUCAGGAUUAAGACUGUUAGAACAGGUGGAAGGGGUAGCAAGGUUAAACCUGCACCUGCAUUUUCUAUGCUUAAACAAGAAAUUAACAAAACAUUUCUGACAUUUGAAGAACCACUAGAUGAUAUGCAUCCAAAGGCAGACCCAAGCACUGUUGCCUCAAUCGUUUUGGGUGGAGGCGCUGGCACUCGCCUCUUUCCUCUUACAAGGAAUAGAGCUAAACCCGCUGUUCCUAUAGGUGGUUGCUAUAGGCUGAUUGAUGUACCAAUGAGCAAUUGCAUCAACAGUGGUGUUCGUAAAAUUUUCAUCUUAACACAGUUUAAUUCUUGUUCCCUCAAUCGUCACCUUUCUCGUUCGUAUAAUUUUGGCAAUGGAAUGAACUUUGGAGAUGGAUUUGUUGAGGUUCUUGCUGCCACUCAAACGUCAGGGGAAUCGGGGAAGAAGUGGUUUCAAGGCACUGCUGAUGCAGUGAGGCAAUUCAUAUGGGUUUUCGAGGAUGCCAAGCUCAAGAAUGUCGAGCAUGUUAUAAUUUUGUCUGGUGACCAUCUGUACCGAAUGGACUAUAUGGACUUUGUUCAGAGACAUAUUGACACGGACGCUGAUAUUACUGUUUCUUGUAUACCAAUCGAUGAUAGCCGAGCUCCGGACUAUGGACUAAUGAAAAUUAAUGACAAUGGACGAAUCGUUCACUUUGCUGAGAAACCAAAAGGCUCUGCUCUGAAAGAAAUGAAAGUUGAUACGUCUCUCCUAGGACUCUCCGAGCACGAGGCUGCAAAACAACCUUACAUUGCAUCGAUGGGUAUUUACGUAUUUAGAACUGAGGUUCUAGUAAGGCUUCUAAAAUGGGAGUACCCUUCAUGCAAUGACUUUGGUUCUGAACUCAUCCCUUCUGCUCUGAAGAAAUACAAUGUCCAAACAUAUUUGUUUAAAGGUUAUUGGGAGGACAUUGGAACAAUGAAGUCUUUCUUCGAUGCAAACUUAGCCCUCACCGAGCAGCCUCCCAAGUUUGAUUUCCAGAACCCGAAGACACCAUUUUAUACUUCACCGAGAUUCUUACCUCCUACAAAAGUCGACAAGUGCAGAAUAGUGGAUUCAAUCAUUUCAUACGGCUGCUUCUUGAGAGAAUGCAGCGUUCAACAUUCUAUAAUAGGUGUACGCUCACGAUUAGAGAAUGGCGUUGAGCUCAAAGAUACCUUGAUGAUGGGCGCAGACUAUUAUCAAACUGAAGCCGAGGUUGCUUCUCUGCUUUCCGAGGGGAAGGUUCCAAUUGGCGUCGGUCCAAACACCAAAAUCAGAAAUUGUAUAAUCGACAAGAAUGCUAGGAUCGGGAGAGAAGUGAUUAUUGCUAACAAAGAGGGCAUUGAUGAAGCCGAGAGGUCAGAGGAUGGGUUCUACAUCAGGUCUGGGAUAACCGUCAUACUAAAGAAUGGAACCAUCAAAGACAAGAUGGUCAUAUGAAGAACUUGGCAGCGCGCUGGCAGGCUCGGGAUGAUCUAAAGGGAAUUCAAAGCAGCGCAGCAUAUCUGCAUUAUCAGUUAAUAAGCUGCUAAUAAGUAAUAAGCCUUCUCUUUUUGUUUAAGUUCUGUGUUGUAAGAGAAUUUGUACCAUGUUUGGAUGUGAAUUCAUUGAUUAUCAGCAGUUUUUU